GUUGGUAAUUGCGAUGGGGUUUUGAUCAGUGCAUUUUAGACUCUAUGAUCAGAAAAAGAAAACAAAAAGAUGAGAAUGAGAUGAUGCGCCGUGUCGUGAGUUUCCAAAAACACAGGCCAGACGCCCUCUCCAUCUCUAGACGACCCCGCCCUGCCUUUUCAAACCAAACGGCCGAAAGAGAGAGAGAUGACACGCAUAUCAACACAGGCAGAUAAACACACACUUGUUAUGUCACCGCCAGUCGUCAGUAUCGUUUCUGAUCUCUUCCUUCCACGCCCAAAACCCUAGUCUCUCACACCCAGUGCAAUGGAUGAAGACCCGGUCAGUGUUUUCUUGAGUCUCGACCAAUGGCGUGAGUCACCUAUCGACGACGAGGAAGAUCCUCCUCAAGGAUCACCCUCGUCUCUCUCUUUAACUCCAUCUUCGCAUGAGACGUACAUGCUCGGCUUCAUAGUCGCCAGCAUCGUCGGCGUGAAGUACUACUCCGGCUCCAUCAGCGGUCGAGAACUGGUGGGUCUUGUUCGGGAACCCUUAAACCCUUACGAUUCUAACGCCAUCAAAGUGUUGAAUACGAGAACCACUCAGGUGGGUCACAUUGAGCGGACCGUCGCCUCCGUUCUUGCGCCUUUGAUAGACGCUAAUCAAAUUGCCGUCGAAGGCAUUGUGCCCAAAACGCCUGGGAGGGGCAAUCAUUAUAGGAUACCCUGUCAAAUUCAUAUUUUUGCCCGAAUUGAGGCGUUUCUGACUGUAAGAUCAGAAAUUUCGCGAAGUGGGUUGCUGUUAAUUUCCAAUUCGGAUGCCUUAUUUUCAUUGUCGGAAGCGCAUGUCGUCAAGGAGGAGAAAGACAGGAGGGAAAUUAGGAGCGUUGAUGAGAUUUUCAAGUUGGUCGAUGAGAAUGUGAGCAAGAAGGGGGCAUUGGAAGCAUUGGAGCCGCCUAAGGAUGUGAUCAAAUCUGAUCUUUUCUUGCAUCAGAAGGAGGGGUUGUGGUGGUUGGUUCACAGGGAGAAUUCUUCAGAAAUGCCUCCGUUUUGGGAGGAGAAGGAUGGAGCUUAUGUUAAUGUUUUGACAAAUUAUAAGACAUGCAAACGCCCGGAGCCGCUUAAAGGUGGAGUUUUUGCUGAUGAUAUGGGGUUGGGUAAGACACUCACGUUGCUUUCUUUAAUUGCUUUUGAUAAAUCUGGCAGUUUUCCUCCUUCAGUUGGUAGCAAUGGUGCAAAUACAGCAAAUGUUGAUGAAAUGGUUGCUGAGGAUGACAAAUUGUCUGGUUUUGGUGGUAAGAAGCCUAAGAGGGGUAGAUCAAGCAAGAAGGGCACUGCUUCAAGAAAGAAGUGCAAACUUGAUGAUACCAAUUUGGGUGAUAUGCCAAGAGGAAAACCAGAGGGUUUAUCGCAAAUCUCUCCUCCUGUUUUUGGCAGAAAAACAACACUGAUAGUGUGCCCUCCGUCUGUAUUCUCAACAUGGAUAAUGCAGCUCCGAGAGCACACCAAACCUGGUAGCAUGAAGGUGUAUAUGUAUUAUGGAGAUCGAACUACUGAGGCCGAGAAGCUUCAAAAAUAUGAUAUAGUGUUGACAACAUACAGUACUCUAGCUAUUGAGGAGCAUUGGUCUGAUUCACCUGUGAAGAAGGUUGAGUGGUGGCGAGUCAUUUUGGAUGAGGCUCAUAUGAUUAAGAAUGCCAAUGCUAAGCAGAGUAGAGCUGUCACCAAUUUGAAGGCAGAGCGAAGAUGGGCUGUUACUGGAACACCCAUUCAGAAUGGCGCUUUCGAUUUGUUUUCCCUUAUGGCAUUUUUGCGGUUUGAGCCAUUUUCAAUCCAGAGUUAUUGGCAUAGCCUGGUACAGUGGCCACUUUCACGGGGUGGUGAUACGGGCAUCUCACGUUUGCAGGUUUUGAUGGCAACAAUUUCUUUGCGGAGAACAAAAGAUAAAGGUUUGAUUGGAUUGCCACCUAAAACUGUGGAGACCUGUUUUCUGCAACUUUCUGAAGUGGAGCGUGAAUUGUAUGAUCAUUUGGAACAAGAUGCUAAGGGAUUUAUCCAGAGUUAUAUAACUUCUGGUAGUGUUGUGGUGAACUAUUCUACAGUGCUCAGUAUUAUUUUGCGACUUCGUCAGAUCUGUACUGAUGUAGCUCUGUGCCCAUCAGAUCUCAAAUCGCUAGUUGCAUCUAACAAUAUUGAAGAUGUAUCCAAUAAUCCGGAAUUGCUGAAAAAGAUGGUCUUGAUGCUACAAGAUGGAGAGGAUUUUGACUGCCCAAUUUGCAUCUGUCAACCAACUGAUACCAUUAUUACAUCAUGCGCUCACAUCUUUUGCCGAGCUUGCAUCUUAAAAACCUUGAAACGUUCCAAACCGUGGUGCCCACUUUGCCGCCGUCCAUUGUCAGAAUCUGACCUAUUUUCAGCCCCACCAGAACACACUGACGAUUCUGCAAUACCCUCAUCCGGAACAUCGACAUCUUCUAAAGUAUCUACUCUCUUAAAACUCCUGUCAGCAUCAAGGGAUCAAAACCCGAAGACAAAAUCUGUGGUUUUUUCACAGUUCCGGAAGAUGUUAAUUUUGCUUGAAGAGCCGCUUAAGGCUGCUGGUUUUAAGACCUUGCGCUUGGACGGGUCGAUGAGUGCAAAACGGAGAGCUGUAGUAAUUGAAGAAUUUGGAAGCUCAGGACCAGAUGGGCCCACUGUGCUGCUAGCUAGUCUUAAGGCUUCUGGAGCUGGUGUAAACCUUACUGCUGCGUCUGUGGUCUAUUUAUUGGAGCCAUGGUGGAAUCCAGCAGUCGAGGAACAGGCCAUGGACCGUGUCCACCGUAUUGGGCAGAAGGAAGAGGUAAAGAUUGUCAGAUUGAUCGUUCAAAACAGCAUCGAAGAGAGGAUCUUGCAAUUUCAGGAGAGGAAGAAGGAGAUUGCGAGGGAAGCUUUUGAAAGGGGGAAACGAAAGGACCGGAGGGAGGUCACGAUAGACGAUCUUCGUCUACUAAUGUCAUUAUGAGAGAGAGACCCUGUUGCACUUACCUCGGGUGCAAAUUUCCUCUUGGAAAAUUGUGUGCAUGCAUGCAGCAUUUGCUCCUAUAUACAUAUAAAUACACCUGCACAAAUUUUGUUCGCUCUUGAUAUUUGUAGAGCUUUAUGGGGUUUAUGGGUAUGCAUGCAUGAACAUCAUGCAUGGUAAGUGUAUGAUUUUUGUAUCUGGAAUUGCUACCAUUACUUGAAACAUGGGGGUGCAGUCGAGGGUUUCAGAAAUGGAAUUUCAAAUUUCCUUA